AUGUCAUUUUUCUUGAAAUCCCGCAAAAGGAAACAAGGUUUUAAGGCACCCAAAACAAAAAGUGGUAAAGAUGUUGGAAAGAGUAAGAAAAGCAAGACAAGUGCACCACUUGAUGAGGAGGUGGAAAGUGACUCAGACAUUGACAGUUCAGAGUUAACUGAAACAAGGCACAAACUUUACAGCUCAGAUGAGGAAGAUGAAGAGACUGCUCAAGAAAAAAGACUGCGCUUGGCAAAGGAGUAUCUUUCUAAAAUAGAGGCAGAAGAAGCCGAUAAGAAAGCUGAUGAGGAGACCUUGAAAGAUGCCGUCGCACAUCGUCUCCAGCAUGAUAUAUCUGAGCAAGCUGGCAGAUUGACGAAACAAGUUGCUGAUAUGUGCAGCUGUCCACAAGAGCCUGAUUUAAGAGUUUUUCGAGGCCAUAAGUUGCCACUGACUGCCAUCGUUAUUUCUCCAGACGAUAAAUUUGUUUUUACUGCAAGUAAAGACUGCAGUAUUUGUAAAUGGAAUGUAGAAACAGGCUUAAAGGUGAAAACAAUCAAAGGUGGUCGGAAAGGGACUGAAGAUGUUCACAUUGGACACACUGACCAUAUUUUGUGCUUGGCCAUAUCAUCUGAUGGAAAGUUUCUGGCUGCAGGAGAUAUGAACUCCAUGAUCAAACUGUGGAACCCUGAAGAUUGUAGUUUUAUACACAAGUUCAAAGGUCACAGGGGUCCUGUAACCGGUGUUGCGUUUCGUAAGGGCACCCACACACUGUUUAGUUGUUCUAAAGACCGAGUGGUGAAAGUAUGGAGCGUUGAUGACCGGGCAUAUGUGGAGACUUUAUUUGGACACAACUCCCCCAUCACAGGAAUUGACAGUUUGACAAGAGACAGGGCAAUCACUUCAGGUGGUUCUGACAAGUCAGUUCACAUCUGGAAGAUCACUGAGGACUCACAGCUCCUCUUUCAUGGUCAUACGGGCUCUAUAGAGUGUGUGUCACUGAUCAAUGAGAGUAAUUUCAUCACCGGAGCUGAAGACAAUUCCAUCUGUCUGUGGAGUGUCCUGAAGAAGAAACCGCUGGUGACGGUGAAGAAUGCUCAUGGCUCAAUAAACAACAGUGGUGGCCAGAACUGGAUCACAGCGGUAACAGCUUUACAGUACACAGAUCUUGUGGCUUCAGGAUCCAAGGAUGGCAAUGUACGAGUUUGGAAAUGUGGUGCAGAUUUCAGAUCACUGUCUCCUCUCUUCAGUGUUCCGGUGAAAGGAUUCGUGAAUGGUCUGAAAUUUUCUAGCAAUGGAGAAUUCUUGGUUGCAGCAGUUGGCCAGGAGCAUCGGCUGGGACGUUGGUGGAACCUAAAAGAUGCCAAAAAUGGCUGGGUUAUCAUACCACUAAGAGAGAAAUCAGUGCUGGUUAAUGGGACGUAG